AUGGCAGAGCUUCAUUUGAUCCAAGGGGAUAGCCUUCUAUCAAAGACCCAAUUUUUAAGGAAGAAGGAUAGAGGUGCAAAUGUUGAUUUUGAGAAAGUGUUUGAUAAAAUUUUGCAGGUUGCUAUUGAUGGGGAAGUUGAAGGAGGAUCAGAUGAUAAAGAGAGGAUUUUUGUUUUCAGUGGUAUGGAAUUUGAUGAAGCAUCUAGGCAGAAUUAUGAUCAUCCAAUAAGAAACAUGUCCAAUGACUCAAAUGGACAGUGUUCUGGUUAUUACAAUGGUUCUUUAUAUUGGGAUAGUAGUCUUGAAGAAGAUUAUAUGCUUGAGGAUGUUGAGGAUGACUGGUAUGCUAUGUGUGAGCGUGAGAUAAAGCAGAAGAAGUUGGGAGAGAAACAGCAAAAAUUCACAGCAAAAUCAUGGAAAUCCAUGUAUGGAGGUAUAAAGAAGAAAUUUCAAGAGAAGGUUUUCAACAUGCCCGAAAUUGUGUUUUGGAACCUUAACAACUCUCCUGAUAUGCCAGUGCCUUCCAAUCAGGGUGGAGUGGCACUAGUUGUGGAUUGUCAAAGAAUUUGGUGGAGUUGUUCUUAG